AUGUCUGCAACUAACAGCUCAACAGACCGCUAUCGUAUCACUAGCAUUCAGGAUCUCCUCCGCAAUCGUAUCACUAGUAUUCAGGAUCUCCUCUGUUUCUUGCUGUCAUUCUUCUUUUGGUCGGGGUUUAUCGGCUUGCCUAUUUUUUUUAUUUGCAAGGCGAUAAUGAACCAUCCGGAGACAUACAAAGUCCCUGAAUUCAACGUCAUCGGUGCUCAGCUCAAUCGAUUGAAUUACACUGAAACCAACCAUACUCUCUCUUACAACCUCGCCUUCAACAUCACCCUCACAAACCCCAAUAAGAAACUCUUCUUUAAGUUGACUGAUACCCAAGUCAUUGCAUACCACCAAAACAAGAGAUUUGGUCUUGUGACUUUGAUGGAUAGGCAAACAUCGUUUGAUCAAAACCCUAACAGUUCAAGCGUUUUUAAUAAUGCAGUUAUUCAAGGGUGGAAGCCUAUGAUGUUUGAGGAACCAGUGCUUCCCAAUGGUGACCUUUACAAUAUUGAUGUGGUGAUUGCUUUCCGAGAAAAAGGUGGUGGAUUGUCUGGCCAAGUCAUGUGCAAUCUGAAGCUUCCACUGAGUUUUAAUGGAACAGCGUGGAAUUGUUACAAGACUACAAAGUGCUCCAAAGUUUUUUAUCAUUGGGGUUCCUAG